AUAAGUUUUACGUAGCGAUAAAUCGUUAAAUCUUCCGAAAGUUGUGCCAUCAAACAAAUAUCAUUCGCAAUAUUUAACCUUACUACUCCAAAGUUCCCCGCAAUCAAUACCCCUCGGGCAACCGCGUUCAACGCGUCUUCACUUCUUCCUUCAAAUCUUUAAGGUGUACUAAUCAACCACGACGGGGCUUCUCUAAUUCAGAUCCUGAAUUUCUUUAGGUUCUUUUUCCAGCUUGUAAUUUUCUGCUUCUAGUGGGAUGUAACUAUAAAGAUUGGACCUUCAGUGUGCGACGCAGCCAUUGGAAUAUUUUGUCAUGAGCCGUCAUUUGACUCCCCCCAAAAUCGGGUUGCUCGUACUCAUCGAGCUAUACACAGAUGGGAUUGUUUCUACGUCGUCCACAAUAUCUUUACUGUCUUUCAUCCUCGCACAAUUGCUACCAUCAAGCUCCGUCAAGCAACCAGGGAAAGUUUUCGCAACUCCACAGUACCCAAUUCUAGAUCUGGGGACCUUCGAAGCCCUGCUUAAGCAACACAAUGCUGCUUCUGGACAUCCCGGGAGGUCUUUAUGGGAUCACUUCCUUGCAAAGCUAUGGAAAAUCGACAGUCUAGAUGCCUUGCAUGAAUUCUUCGCGAGGCUGGACAAUCUUCUGGCCAAAUCCCGAGAGGAUAUUAAGAAGGAUGGUGAAAUGGGCAUUCCCCCACCUUCAGGGGAUAUGAUAUUACUAUCUCGCAUAUCGCCGAUCGGAAGCUUUUUGCGAAAAGCUCAGAUCGAGUUUGAACGACUAAAGUUCGGUGAUGUGCUACAACUUUGGACGUCUUUCAUGAAAUGGAGGCAACAGUCAAAGGGAUACUGGGCCAGGAGAGGACGUGCAGUCGGAAAUUGGCCUGGGGAUAAAGUUUUAGCAGAAGGAGAGGAGGAAUGGGGCUUUGAUGAGACCGAAACUCUGGCUCAUAUAACCUACGGUGGUUUGGAUGAGGAGGACGCCUCUGGAUCUAUUAGUACAGGUGAUGUGGAAAAGCUCCUCGAAUUUCACGUGGAACAAAUGCAGAGUAAGUCUUUUCGGACCUAGGGCCUGGGCGUUUCUAACAUUUUCAGAACUCGGUACGAGGAUGCCAAUUGAGGUGAAAUCGAAGCUCAAAUCCCUCCUGGACGACAGUAUCAUAACGCCCAGUUUGUCUCACUACUUGACGUUAGUACAUUUUACCCCGUUGCUUUGCUUGUCAUAAACUAAUGAACAAUCAGCUUCCUGGAUGCCUGGAGAUCCGGUGACUACCCUUCAUCCUUCGAUAGUCUUCAUCGAUACUUUGACUACACGAUGCAAAACCGAGACCGAUUGUUCUAUCAAUAUGCCCUCAUGAACCUUGCUGUUCUUCAAGCUGAUUUUGAAUGUUACGACGAAGCGGUGGCUGCCAUGCUGGAGACAGUCUCUACCGCAAGAGAGAACAAGGACAUGGCGUGUUUGAAUUUUGCUUUAAACUGGUUAUAUCAUUUCGGGAAGUCACAUCCGAACAUCAUUGAAAGCUCCGGCUCAACGAGUAUGCUUGGCGUUGAGAAGGAAGGUCUUGCAUUCCUACGGAUAAAAGCCAAAGAGACUGGUAUGUGGACACUCUGGAGCUCUUCACUGCUCAGCGAGGCAAAGUUGACACUGUCAAAUGGGGAGAGUGUGGCGACUGCUUUUGAGGGGAUACUUAAGAGCUCUCAUUUAGUGACCGAAAAAGGUAUGAAGAGUAUGAUGGGACCACAAACCGCCAUGCAGUCUUCUUUAUGGGGCCGCUUAGGGGUAGUUUGCCUCUCCAAGCAGUAUAGUGAGAUAUUUCUUCGAUGCCAUGCUAGGUACGGCCUAUUUGAUGACACUUUGAGAAUCACCUGUAGGAUAGCACACUAUCUGAUGGAACGUGGUUCUUAUGAACAAGCAGCAGAGAAGCUGGAAGGCUUGGAUUCCAACUCUUUACGCUCAUGGAAAGCUAACCAAUACUGGCUAAGAUAUCGUGGGAUACUACGUCUUAAGAAUGAUCUACAUACCAAUAAUUUAGAAGGAGCCGACCACAUUCUGUCUCAGCUGCUUCAAUGCGACGGCCUCGAAGCGGACUCGGAUCUUUCCUUUGAAAUCAGCACCCUUCAUGUCGACUACCUCAUUCGUCGAGCAGAUUUUGGCGCUGCGCUGUCGAAAAUGGAGCAGCUUGCCUCCUCGCUAAAAGAACAAGGAGAUGAUAUUAAUUUGCGAAUCAAGAUACUGACGAUGAAAGCUCUUUUACAAAGUAGGACUGGUCGUCCAGAGAAAGGCUUUUCCGUAGCGGUUCGUGCAGCAAGUAUAGCAUGGCGAGCACGCUUGAUGCCAGCGCUCUGGGCUGCCAUGGCAGCCGUGGCAAAUAUUUUGGUUGCACUGUUUGAGUUCCAAGCUGCCUGUCAAAUCGUCACUGCUAUUAUUCCUAGGGCUUUGGAAUGCGAAAAUUGCACACUUAGCGCCCAGCUCUAUUCUUGCCUCGCAGAUUCAUUCAUGGGAUUGGCAGGCCAAGCAGCAGCAGGCGACCCAAAAAGAAGCGAGAACCUAACAAAAGCCUUGGACUUUCUUGAUAGAGCUUUCAAAGAGUCCUGUGCCAUCAGGGAUAUCAAUGGGCAAUGUGAAGCGCGAGCUAAAAAGGCCAUGGUGAUGAUGGCUGUUGGUGACAAGACUCUGGCGAAUGAUUAUGCUUCUUCUUUCUUAGGCCUUGAGCAGCAGAGAGAUACAGUGCGUCUUUGAUGUACAUGUUUGGGUCCAUAGUCAGAGAAUCAAGUAUGGGCCGGUCGAAGCUUGGUGUAAGAAAAGUCAUAAUGCAAAUGAUGGGAAG